CAGACAUAGCAGGAAGCAAGCAAGUUAUCGAGAGCAACACAACCCACUCUUUCACAAGUCUCUGUCAUCCAAAGGCGGUCACUCCUCCUGACGUGGCUUUGUAACUCACUCAAAAAUCCAGUCCUCCUCCAGCCCGCCUUCGUUCACGUCCCACCAACUCCCGCUCUGAAGAGGAGAGAUCCAGGAAUUGCGCACCCCGCCCUUUCCCGAGGUGGGAUUGAUAGACCCACAGCGUCACCUGGUGGGUGACGGAUAAGUGACUACGCUGCUCGGAGCUUUCCUUCAAGAAAAGACUCGAAGGAGGAGAAUUAAGAAGUAGGCUGUUACUUUCCAUCAGAGAAGUUAUAGUCUGGAGCUGAAGAAAACGCCGCCACACCCGAUUGGCUCCUUCCUUUCACUCAAAAACUGAGAAACAGAAAGAAACCCUUUCUCCCUGAAGAUGCAGACCCCCUCUUGAAACCAAAGGAUAACAAGACCCAUCUUCAUUUUACCUUUUUCACUCUAAAAGUGUAUUGAUCUCAGUAUUUUGCAGCACCACGUGCAGCAGACGGGAGAAUUGUGGGGAUGUUCUCACAAGCCUUUUUAGCUGUUCUGCUCUGCACGACUGUGGUCCCUCUCUAUGCUCAAAAUGAUGAAGGAACUUCCUGUGCAGAUAAAACUGAGUGUCCCAUCACGGUGUACUUUGUCAUUGAUACAUCUGAGAGCAUUGCCCUUCAGACUGACCCUAUUGAGAGUUUAGUGAACCAUAGCAAGAAGUUUGUUGCUCAGUUUGUCAAUAAGCUGGCCAAUGAAGUCUACCAACAACAAAUAUCCAUAAACUGGCAAAUUGGAGGACUUCAUUUUUCAGAUAUAGUGGUGAUCUUUAGUCCUAUAACCCAAGACAAGGUGAUAUUCAAUGAUCGGUUGGAAAAAAUCCGUUACAUUGGUCGGGGCACUUUCACAGAUUGUGCUCUCUCCAACAUGACGGCUCAGAUGCCUCUCAAUUCGCUGGGGGCAAAUUAUGCAGUUGUGAUCACUGAUGGCCACGUGACAGGAAAUCCCUGUGGAGGGAUGAAGCAUCAAGCUGAUCGAGCACGAGAUGCAGGGAUCAAGCUCUUUGCAGUAGCCCCCAGCCAGAAAAUCUAUGAGCAAGGUCUCCAGGAAAUUGCUAGCCUUCCACAUGAGCUUUUCCGGAACAAUUAUGCCACCCUAAAGAAAGGCAGUGUUGAUGAAGAUACUGAGACCAUGGAUAAGAUCAUUCAAGUUAUGAAACAUGAUGCCUUUGCAAAGUGUUAUAAAAUGAGCUGCCUUGAAAUUCAAGGUCCGCGUGGCCCAAAGGGAUUUCAAGGACAAAAGGGUGCGAAAGGAAACAUGGGGAUUUCAGGCUUUCCUGGACAAAAAGGACGGCAAGGUGAUCCAGGAAUUGAAGGUCCAAUUGGACACCCUGGACCUAAGGGUAUUCCUGGUCUAAAAGGAGAAAAGGGAGAGUUUGGAGCAGAUGGACGAAAGGGAGCUAGUGGUAUCGCUGGAAGAAAUGGCACUGAUGGACAGAAGGGCAAAAUGGGGCGGAUUGGACCUCCUGGCUGUAAGGGUGAUCCAGGCGAAAGGGGUCCUGAUGGCUACCCAGGAAGCCCUGGUGAUCAAGGUCCACCAGGAGAUGAAGGGAUAAAGGGAGAUCCUGGCUGGCCUGGCAAACAUGGACCACCUGGUCCCAUUGGAGAACCCGGAAGCUCUGGACCAAAAGGAUACAAAGGAGAACCUGGUCUUCCUGGCCUCAAGGGAAGUCCAGGCACCAAAGGACUUGGGGGACCAAAAGGAGAAGCUGGUCGUCGUGGUGAUCCUGGAGACAUAGGAAAACCUGGAAAUCAAGGAUCCAAGGGGGAGAAAGGAGAUCCUGGUUCUGAGGGACAAAGGGGUCUACCAGGAGAAGUUGGAGAGAAAGGAAGAAAUGGAGAUCAAGGACCACCAGGCCAGCGUGGUCCACCAGGUCCUAUGGGCGAAAAAGGAAACCCUGGCUCAGCUGGAGAUCCUGGGAGGGAAGGUGAAAGGGGCGACAUGGGGCCUAAAGGACCCAAGGGUGAUAGAGGAAGACCUGGAUUAAGUGUUCCUGGUCCCAGGGGACCCCGGGGUGACAAAGGUGAAAAAGGUCAGCCAGGCCCAGAGGGUGCAAGAGGUGACCUUGGUCCAAAAGGACUUAGCGGGAAAAAAGGAGAGCCAGGUGAUGAUGGACAAGUCGGCCUUCCAGGUCCACCUGGACCCAGAGGAUCAGAUGGUGAAUCUGGACCCAAGGGUGACCCUGGUCCUCCUGGAGAUCCUGGCCUAACUGACUGCGAUGUGAUGACCUACAUCAGAGAGACCUGUGGCUGCUGUGAUUGUGAAAAGCGGUGUGGUCCAUUGGACAUUGUCUUCGUCAUAGACAGUUCAGAGAGUAUUGGCUAUACCAAUUUCUCCCUGGAGAAGAAUUUUGUUAUCAAUGUGGUGAGCAGGCUAGGGUCCAUUGCCAAAGAUCCAAAAUCAGAGACAGGUGCCCGUGUUGGAGUGGUACAGUACAGUCAUAAGGGCACCUUUGAAGCCAUCCAGCUCAAUGAUAAGCGCAUUGACUCACUCUCUAGUUUCAAAGAAGCAGUGAAGAAACUGGAAUGGAUUGCAGGGGGCACCUGGACUCCCUCUGCACUUCAGUUUGCCUACGAAACACUCAUCAAAGAAAGCCGGAGAGAUAAAGCCCGGGUAUUUGCUGUGGUGGUGACUGAUGGACGUCAUGACCCUCGAGAUAAAGACUCAAAUUUGCAAGCUCUCUGUGAUGGAAAUGUUGUGGUCAAUGCCAUUGGGAUUGGAGACAUGUUCAAUGUAGAUGAAGAAUCGGAGACUCUGAAAGCAAUUGCUUGUAAUGACGAAAAUAGAGUCCAAAGAAUGAAAGUGUUCACUGAUUUGGUGGCUGAAGAGUUUCUUGACAAAAUAGAGCUUGAACUCUGUCCAGAUCCUCAGAUUGUCUGCCCUGAACUGCCCUGUCAAACAGAGCUUUCUGUUGCCCAGUGCACACAGCGUCCAGUUGACAUUGUCUUCCUCCUGGAUGGUUCUGAAAGAAUUGGCAGCCAGAACUUUCGUAGGGCUCAUGGUUUUAUAGAAGCAGUGGCUGAGCAUCUCACCCUGGCCAGAAGUGACAGUGACGACAUGAAUGCACGCAUUGCCCUGCUACAAUAUGGAAAUGAGGAUGAACAUGACAUAGUUUUCCCACUGACAUACAAUAUUACUGACAUCACAGAUCGUUUAGCUGAGAUCAAAUAUUUGGACUCCUCUUCCAACAUUGGAUCUGCCAUCAUAUAUGCUGUCAACAACCUUGUCAUCAGCACACAAGACAGGCAGAAGGCAGCUCGGCGUAAUGCAGAGCUCUCCUUUGUCUUCAUUUCAGAUGGUAUUACAGGCAACAAAAACCUGGAAGAGGCAACUGAUUCCAUGAAGAAACAGAAUGUUAUGCCCACAGUUGUGGCCCUAGGCAGUGAUGUGGACAUGGAUGUCCUACUGAAGAUCAGUCUAGGAGAUCGGUCAGCAAUUUUCCGGGAGAAGGACUACCUAAGUCUCUCCCAGCCCGACUUUUUUGAUAGAUUUGUUAAGUGGAUCUGUUAGUUGUGAGAUAGACACCAAAGCUUUUAAGCUCCUAUAUUGCUAUAUGUUUUUUUAGCAAAAGUAUGCUGCCAGUAGGCACAAAUUUUUAAGGGAAUUUAUUUUUAUAUUCAAAAUUGGUAGGCUCAUUUCAAAUAAUGUUUAUGGUGCUAAUUGAAAACAAAAUAAUAGGAGGCUACAAAACACCACAGUAUCACUUGUCAUGCUUUAAAACAUUGUUUAAGAUGUUUAUAUUGUAAUACUUUUGGUGCUGAAUAGAGGAACUGUGCAUUAAAUAUAAAGCAUAAAGAACUUUCAUCUCCAGCUACCCCAAGGAUCCAUCUUAACCCUCCUCUCCCAUUAUUUCCCACUCAUCCAUUUACUGGUAGACGGGUAAUUCCACUGUGCCUUGACUGUGAUGCUAACAUUUCCUUUGUUUUAAAGGAGAUAUUUUGCAGUUGAAACAAUAAUAGAAAAUAUUUUUAUCAAUACUGAGUUUUGCACUUGGCCUAUUCCAUUCGUAAACACCUAGUCUUCCUUUCUUUCCAUGUACUUGCUUCAGGGUUGCAACAUUGGAUGGUCUCCCCUAUAUCAUGAUGCAUGUAAUAAAUGGACUUCACAAAGAUAUCUAUAGCUAUUUCAUCUUAGAAAGGUCUAGGAAAAGAAGCUUUGUUCCUAUACAGGUAGUCCUCAACUUAUGACUGUAAUUGAGCCUGGCAAUUAGAGUCAUAAGUCACGAUGGUUAUAAAGCAAAUCUCUACAUGACCUACUCAUUUUAUUACCUUUUAUGUCAGUUAUUAAGUAAAUACAGCAGUCAUAAAGUGAAUAUUGUGGUUGUUAAGCAAAUCCUUUGUUCUUUAUGAGGCAGUUUUUGUUGGAAACUGGAAGUAAAGCCUAUUUCUGGCAAAAACAUAAAUUGCAGAGUGUUGCAAAUGGCCAUAAAUGUUGCCAAGCACCAAUAGAGAAGGUGAGGUUGAACUUUGAAAGUGGGUUGUAAAUCACUUCUAGGGGUCUGUCAUAACUAAGUGACUGAUUGUAAGUGGGGGAUUACUUAUACUAUUAAGAUAUGGCAUCCAGUCCUCCUGUGCCAGUACUGUUCUACUCCCAAGGAAGGAGUCUUUCACUGAAAAUGGACAUCAGUAUAAUGUAAAGAGAUUCUGCUGGGUUCUCUUCUGGAUUUUGUGCUACAUUUAACUGAAGCCAAGUGCCAUCAGUUUUCAAUGUUCCAUGUAUAAAUGUGGAAUUUCCCUGAUUUGACGUGGCAAACCAUUUUUCUUUUUCUCACAAUAAUGAUAAGCACUAUUGAACUGAAUCCCAAUUUAAAGUGUACUACUGUACGCAUAAAGGAGUCUAUUGGAACUGCAUUUGAGCAUUCUGCUUUUAUUAGGUCUGCACUAGAAUAAACAGUUCCAUCAAAUUGCUUUCCCCAAUCAAGGAAAUUGCAUAAGAACCAAUUUUGUUACAGCCUGCAAAUUUACAUGGAAAAUUGAAAGAAAGCAUGACUACAUUUUUAAAGAGAUGGGGGAGAGGCAACUGAAGUGUUACAUAACAAAGAAGAUGAAUAUAAAAAGUCCAUACAUUAUGAAGAUAUGAAACCAAAAUAUGGUUUUAGAAACAUAUGUUUGUAAUUCAGAAUUCUGCCCUAUUAACAUGGAGAAUAUUUUACUGGUUUGCACACUUCUAGCUCCAAAUAGUUUUGGGAGUUUUUUUGUUCCACACCACACUGCCUUUUUUAUACUUUCAACCUUCUAGUGAAAAUGUGUCUUUGGUCUUAUUUCUAAUUACUAAUAAUCUCAUUUUUCAUAAAUCAUAGAUUAUACUUUUUCUGAAAUAUAGUAUGAACUAUCCAAUCUGCCACUGUGCAAAGCCAUACUAAUUGAUGAGCAAUGACUACCCAAUGUCAAGGUAUUCCUGAAAUAGUGUUUCUGGAAUAACAUCCUUAUUUGAGCCAAAAUUGCACUCCUGAUAAAUAAAAACUUUUUUCACAAUAUCUUAAUAUUAGUGUCAUUCAUUUUGUAGUGAUUUAGAAGAAUCGGUAUGGCUCUUUUACCAUAUAUGCUUAUUUUAUUAUUUUUUUAAUUAUUAGAAUUAAUAAUCAAUCAAGAAUAUAAAGCAAAUGUUUGUGUAAUAUAAGUUCUAGUUCAUAAUUUCCUAUUAAAUUCAAAGCUUUUUUUAAUUAACACUAUGCUACAGUCUUUGCUCUUAUAUAAUGCCUCCCUCAAGUGCAAUUUAUAUAGUUCCUGGGUACUAUAUGAACGUGUUCCAUUGAUAUUAUGAGAAAAAUAUGGAAAUCCUUUGCUAUUGCCACUUUAUUUAGUUGUCUAAAUUCUUUGACUUGGACAUAUAAUCUACACCUUUGGAUUUAAUGAUAAUCUCUUAAUAACUCUUCUGUCUAUAAAUGAUAAACUGAAUAGCUGAUACAAAAAUGUUUUUUCAUUAGUAUUUCUUCCAGGAAUUGUUAUGAAUUUAACAAUAUAUAACAUCAGGAUUCUUCACUGUAGUGUAUCUAGAUAUUGUCCUUAAUUCAAAAGCUGUGCUGGAUGGAGCACUUACACUGAAGUUCAACACAUUUAGAGCUCACCAAGUUCAUGGGCAUAAGAAUGUACAGGUAGUCCUCAAUUUACAACAGUUCAUUUAGUAACUGUUCAAAGUUACAGUGGCAUUGAAAAAAGUGACUUAUGACUAUUUUUCACAGUUAUGACUUUUGCAGCAUCCCCAUGAUCAUGAUCAGAAUUCAGGUGCUUGGCAACUGGUUCGUACUUAUGACUAUUACUGUGUCCCAAGGUUAUGUGAUCACUUUCUGCAACCUUCUGACAAGCAAAAUCAAUGGGGAAGCCAGAUUCACUUCACAACCAGGUUACUAACUUAUGAACUGGAGUGAUUCAUGUAACAAUUGUGGCAAGAAAGAUCAUAAAAUGGGGCAAAACUCACUUAACAAAUGUCUCACUUAACAACAGACAUUUUGGGCUCAAUUGUGGUUGUAUAUCGAGGACUACCUGCACAAAGGAAUGGAAGUAUUUUAAAAUAUUUCUGGCUGAUGUAGGGAGUUCCUGAAGAGCUAUACUCAUGCUGGGAUGAAUGUCCUUCAGUCUGAAUCUGAGCUCAUGCUGGAACUACCACUAUGCUGAAAGUAAAAAAAUGAUUAAAGUUUAUUACAAUUGUU